CGAAAGCGCCCAUAAGAUAAUAGAAGUCUGCUUCUUGCAAUGUAAAAAGUAAACGAGACGCUUAAAUUCCAUCGUAGGUAAGACCAUGGAGCUAUGAGCUCUAUGGAGAAGACAAAGUGAUUUACCAAACAGGUGGUUGUAUACGGAAUGUAGGAGUCAAGGACAAGUCUCUGAGCGGCCAGUCUACACCAACACGGCAGACAAUAACAAAGGUCUGUAAUGAGAUUUUCAGCACAUUAUGCUGAAUGUGCACAUGACGCCAUCCGUGUGCGCAUUAAUAAUCACGAGGUGCUAUACAUGAACGAAUGUAUAGAGGGGAAACCCCAUAUGGAGUGAACGUAAUUGGAACAUCUUCAAUCUUGUGGAUUAUAAAUCAUGUGGAUCAAAACUACACGCUGAUAUCUGUUGUGACUGGACCGUGGAUCUUCAAGACUUUAUAAGUAUUGUUGUCACAUACACUGUAGAAUAAUUAAGCGAAUCAUACUUAUGAACAUGACCUUUUCCUAUUAACCCCAAAUGAGCGGAGUAUAAUGGGAGCAUGAUCAAUCGACGAGCAGAGGAAGUCAUCCAUUUUACACAAUAUCAGAGACACCCUCAGCGUGUAAACAUUGAGCUGCAAAGCUGUCAUUAUACAAACUUAACUACAGACGGACAUUGUUAGUCCAAUGCUAACAUUGUUUUGUAUGUGUGUGCAUUUCCUGAAAAGUGAUCGUCAUGUUUGGCUACAAUUUCCAGGAAUUUUUCUUUUUCAGUGGGAGUGUUGAAAAUCUGUUAUACGAAGGAUGGACGAUUGCGAGCACAAAAGAUCUGGUCUUGGCUCUCCUUGCCGUCAGUGGUGCAGCGUUAUUCAUCGAGAUUCUACGACGUAUCAGCCGAGAAUGCUGGAGGAGAGUCCCCGUGCCGUCCGGGUCAUCGGGUCACGGCGUCGGUAGCAACAGCGUCAUAAGAAGACAGUCAGACAGAAUACCUCUGACCAGAUACACGAGUCUUCAGGAGGCGAAAACAACAGCAGAAGACUCACUGUGCGUGGAGCCGGAGGAAGUAACAUCGUGUGUAAAUGAAAAUCAGAAAGCAGACUGUUGUGAUGGAGGACAGAGUAUCAUCAAGCCAUGUUCUGUGUCAAAUACAAAUCACACAGCAGAUACCGAUCAAGGCGAGAAGAUAGCAUUUCUUGACACAGAAAUGUUGCACAGCCAGUGUGACGUCAUCAAGCAGCCGCCAUGUUGUGUCCAAGACGGAGCCCCAUCGAGCGAAGAUCAUAGAGAGUCGCGACUCGAUACAAUGUGGAGAAGCCUUUCAUUGGAGUUCCUGCCUGAUAGAUGGGAAAUCAUCCAGGGAACCAGUGAAGCGAGGGAACCAAGCCAGAAGAAAAUUUCGCAGAGUACAAGGGUGCUUUUCCACCUUUUACAAACUGUCGUCAGCAUGGUCCAGCUCACGAUUGGCUAUAUGCUGAUGCUCAUCGUUAUGACGUACAAUGCCUGGUUCCUUAUUGUUGUCGUUGGGGGCGCCGGCCUCGGUCACCUUAUACUCUCGCGUGAUCUGGAGAGACUUUACGCGAAUUACGCUCGCUCCGCUGUGAAGAAGAGGCUAUUGAGGGAGGCCUCUAAACGCAAGACGUGCGUUAAGACACCUCCGUGUAGGACGUUGUGGAAGAACACCUCAAGGCAAGAGUCUUUAGACUAAAGGGAGACGCGGGUGUCCAGAGAUUCUGUCUCCAAAACACGGCGAACUGUGUGAAAACUUUUUCUGAUAGCGCCCUCUUUUGAACCCUCCUUCAGCCCAUUUUAAUUUCCAAUAAUUUAUGGGGACAGAAUCUUCGGAGGACUGAUUUCCUUUGGAUAAGGGCCGGGCAUCGUGGACUUAAUAGCUGCUUAAUACUUGCUUGGUGUUUUUGUGCUACGCCGUCAUCUUGAUAAAAUUGCUCUCCACGGCAAACUCGACGAGCGGAUGCCGAGUUCAGGGCCCAAUUUCAUAGAGCUGCUUAACGGUCGUUUUUGUGCUUAACGGGCGCGUCUAGCAAUU